UGACACAAAUGGCACUAAGUGUUCAUCGCAACUCUUACUCCUAUUACCAAGAAGAUUGCUGUGGUAACUCCUGGCUCACUACCCUAAACAUCAGACAGACAUUAUUGUAUGUCACAAAAUACAGACAACAAAUGCAGUUCUUUUCUGCAAAAAUAAAAGAACAGAUUGCUUUCGAGUGAAUCUAGUGCAUCCGGAAGCCAUUUCUUUCAUUGCGAAAAAAGUAGGGUCUAACUUUAUUUCCGCUUUCUUCACGUUUUUAUAAAUCGCCAUGGAAUAUACAAUGUAUCCUACUGAUAUAACGCGGGAGAUUUAUCCAACUCAUGAAGCUACUGAUCAUGACUUGCCGGGAAUAGCGGACCAGGUUCUUCAGUCCCUUAGUCUUGGAUUGAUCAUGGCGGGAACUCUCAUCUUCAACACCUUGACAAUUUUCAUCAUUCUUCGCGUGAGAUCUUUGAGAUGCAUCCCUCACAACCUGUUGAUCUUAAAUCUGGCGAUUGCGGACCUGGGGGUGGUUUUGUGUAGCAUGGUGUUUUCUUUCGUCUCCAUUUUUGACAAUGGAUACUUUCUCAGCUCUCAUCGAAAAGUAUGCAUGGUUCAAGGCUUCUUGGUAAUCACGGUUAGCUUUACCAAUCUCCCCACCAUUCUCUCGAUCGCCGUAGAUCGUUUGCUUAUCCUCGUCCUGUCCCGCCAUUUCCAGCCGAACCGAAGCCGGGUGCUCGUCAUGGUCGCCAUAUCCUGGCUAGUCGGUGCGACCGUGGCGACCGUGGCGACCGUCUCCGCAACGAUCGGGCACGCUACUUACAUCAGCUACCAUCCGGGAACUCUCCACUGCUCAAUGAUGUGGCGGGAGAAUGAAUCUUUCCGCAUCAAUACGAUUAUAUUGAACUACGGAUUUUUCGUUCUCUCCUUGCUCGGCUGCUAUGUUUCCAUUACCUACCAUCUCUGGAAGGAAGAAAGACGCCUGAAAAGUCAUUCUUUGUCGAGGUCCAAGGCAACGGACAGGGUGACCAUGUCCACAGCUGUGACAGAGGGUGCUACACCUAAACCAGAUGAGGGUGCACAGCAAGAUUCGGGAGAAGGCAAUGAGAGUUGGAUAUUUUCACACAGUGCCUUAGCGACCAAAGACAGAGUGGAAUUCAGUGAAACUCACUCAAAUCACCACUUGCAGGAUGAGCAAGAUGGCGCCCAUACCACCAAUGUGACCACAGCGAAGAAGAAUAGACUGAAGAUUGAGAGGCGUAAACAUAUGGCACACAAGCGAGUUGCAAAAAUGGCCAUACUACUGGUCCUCGCGGUCGUUACUUGCUGGACACCAUACAUGCUCUACCACUCGAAGCUCAUCGGGAGCCACGAAACCGCUCGCCUGGGAGUCUUUACCAUGUGGAUGGCGUAUUGCAACGCCCUCAUCGAUCCACUCAUCUACGCCUUCGUCAACAGGAGUGUCAGGGCUGAGAUGCGUCGAGUUGUCAGGAAUAUGCGUCGUAUUAUUUCAUCGAUUGGAUCAAAGGUUCCUUGAAAUUGAACCGAAAACUGUU